AUGGCCGACUCAGCUUCGAAUCCGUCGUCUCCUCGCGGAAAGCGGAAACUCAAUGCAGAUGUCGAACCCUCGAGCGGCGCCACAGAUGCCCAAAGUAAGAAGCCUCGUGUCAUAGGCCCGAUUAUGCCGCCGGCGCAUAUGGUGCCUCAAGCUGAUUCGGAGGACGAAAACAACAGCAGCAGCAGCAGCAGUAGCAGCGAUGAUGACGAUGAUGGCUAUGGGCCUACUCUACCGCCGGCCAAAGGGGAUUCUGUGGCGCAAGGAGAGAAUGAUAUGUCGGAUGAAAGUGACUCAGUAGGCCCAUCGGCACCUCCAGCCUCGGAGCCGACCAAGCGUGACGACUGGAUGCUGCGCCCGCCGGACCAGCUGGAUUUCUCGUCCAGGGUUGACCCUACAAAAUUGCGCAGUCGGAAGUUUAAUACUGGAAGAGCCGCCAACGCCCCGACUGGCAAGGCGGUCGCGUCGACGUGGACGGAGACGGCUGAGGAGAAGAGAAAGCGCUUGGAAAACGAGGUGAUGGGGAUACAGGCUCCCGCGCCCUCUGGCGAAUCCAAACCGCAAGCCGAAGAUCCAUCGAGGAAGAUUUCAGAGCAGGUGAAAGAAUAUAAUGAAAAAAUUCGAAACAAAUCGCUCUACUCAAAGCACCAGACAAAGGCGUCUGACAUUGAGAAAGACGAUCCGAGUGCACGACCGUUUGACAAGGAAAAGGACAUUCGUGGCCCGACCAGAAUCAAUCAUGCGCAACGCCGAGAAUUGCUCAACAAGUCUUCUUCGAAUAUCUCCUCUCGCUUUUCCGGAGGAAAGUUUCUCUGA